AAUAACCUCAACAGUUAGGUGUAAAUUAGAAAAAUUACUCUAUUUAAAAAAUAGUUAAUUUAUUGUUAAAUUUGUUGAAACAAAUAUGUCGGUAAAUAUUGAUAUUUCACAAUGGACUCCUGAAUAUUUUAAUGAUAACGAAAGUGAGUGUUUAAAUCAUUUAUUGCAAGAUGCAGUAUGGAAUACUAUUCCUCUAGUAAACAUUCAAAAUUCACACUAUUUUCAAGAUAUGAGACUUGUUCGUUUUCGUGGAAUGAUUCAGGAUAUGCAUGAUCCUGAGUUUUAUUUUGAAAAAAUUGAAAUUAGUAAAGUAGGUACUGAUGAAACUUGUAUGAGAAAUGGAAAAUAUGUAGAUGUGAUUCAAUCUCAGGAAAAUGAAAGUAUACUAACGGAUAGUUCUAAGAAUGUAACAAAGGAAAGAAGUACUUAUGUUGUUAUAUCCAUCCCAGGACUUAACCCUUGGGCAGAAGCACUUGAAAAUCAAAAUAGUACAAAGGAAAUUUCAAAAGGUGAUUUUGCAAGCAAAUCUGUAAAACGUACAUUAGAAGUCGAAGAAAUGAUGGAAGUAGAUCCGUCAACAUCGACCAAACGAGUCGAAGACAAGGCUAAAAAGCUUUGCUCUCCAGAAAGUAAUAAGCCUAAAAAUGAUUCGAAUGAAAUACCUCAAGAUAUUCUUUUAAACUAUCCAAUUCCGAAACGUGCAGGGAAAACGUGUUUAUUGAAAAUCUACAAUGAUUCCGAAACAUUGAAACUGAACGAGAUGAUAGAAUUUGUAGGUUUUCUUUCAACACAUCCGAUGCUUAGUGAAUUUGACAAAAACGAAUUCGAGAACGACAUGGAAGUACAGGUACAUCACCCCCCCGCUUCCUUGAUUCCAAGGAUACAUUGCGUCAGUUGGAAAAAAUUGCAACACAGCAAUCCUAUGUUACACGAUAGUGUCAUUGGGUUUGACGACAAAAACAUGUAUGAGGCCAAAAAAGAACUUUUAUUGGUUCUUACGUCAUUGCUUUUAGGAGAUGAACUGGCAGCCGAGUAUUUAAUAUGUCAUUUAAUAUCGAAAAUUUAUAUGCGAGCCGAUUUGUUAGCUCUAGGAAAAUUUUCGCUUAAUAUUUCAAACGUUCCUAUUAAGAGACGACCUGAAUACGUUAAAGAACUCUACAGUAUUUUAGAAUUAUUUCUUCCAAAAAGUCACUAUUUAGAAAUGUCAAUUAGCAACAUUAAUGAAGCAAAAUUAAUUCCAAAGAAAAACUACGACUACAACAGAUUAAACAGUGGCUUGUUGCAAUUAAGUCCCAAUACUCAUUUAGUUGUCGACGAAACGCUACUUACAACAGGACAAUUGAAUUCAACAGGUGUUCAUAACGUUAGAGCUCUUUCUAAUGUUAUCCGAAAUCAGAAAACUGAAUACGAUUUUGUUUAUUAUCAAAUGGAAUACGAAUGCGACAUACCAAUACUAAUUUUAUCGGAAGAAAAAAGUCUUCUGCCAAGCGAUUUUCAAAUACCUUUGCAACCUGCCGAUGAUCAAAUCGAAAUAUUUCCUGAAACAGUCGAUGCAAUUAAAAAAUAUUUAAAGCCAGAAAUUCUUAACAAAAUACGAAUAUAUUUAACGAACGCUAGACAUAAUAGUGACAAGUACGAACUCCCUCAAGGCGCCCAAGAGGUGAUAGAGGAAGAAUUUAUUCAGAUGAGAAAAGCAAAAAAGGCAUCCGCUGAUGACCUUCACAAUCUGCUGGUAUUGGCCAGAUUGAAAUGUUUAUCAGACGGAAAAACCCGGUUUGAUGACGAAUGUUGGAAGGAAGUUUGUCAGAUGGAAAACAUUCGGAAAGAAAGAAUUGAAGCUUUAAAAAACACAAAUUAAUAUUUUAAAAUAGCAAUGUUACCUACGAUCUAUAUUUUUAAGUUUUCUUGCUUUUGUGUUUGAUUUCAUUUACAUGUUUAUGUAAUAA